AUGCCUCGACUACUACCCACAACCUUCCUUCUUCCGGCCCGUCGUCACUUUAGUCAAUCCCUUCGUCGAACAGCCUUCGCCACAGGCCCAGCACCACCACGCCUUCCACCAAAAGAACAAGAAGAAUACGAACGUUUACAACGAAGCUCUACUGGUGCAUUCAGUACACCCAAACCACAGCAGCCUGCGUCAACACCCACAGCGGCAACCCAAUCCCCUGCCCGACCUCAGGUUAAUCAGUCGCCUGCAUCCCAAGCGAGCACGGAAGAAGCUCAAAUCAAUGCAAGAGUGGAGGCGUCUGGAAAGGGCGAGGAACUCCACCCGGAUAUCAGAAGAGGUGCCAAACCCGAAUUUGAAGGGGAUAAGAACCCGAAGACUGGAGAGGUUGGAGGACCAAAGAACGAACCUUUGAGGUGGGGAAGUGAUGAAAAGAGAGGCGAUUGGAGUUACAAUGGACGAGUAACGGAUUUUUAA